UAAUUACAUUUAUUAAAUUAAAAAUUAAAAAAUAAGAAAAAAAUAAACAUGCAACUGCAUUCACGCUUGCGUUGGUGUCUGCAACUCCACCACCGGAAGAAUGGGGAAACGAAUAUCUAGCACCAACUGCUAUAAAUUAUAAUCGCGGCCAUAUACCUAGGGUCUUGCUUAUUCUACCCCAACCGAACUAAAGUGUCAGGCUUUGAGCUUUCGAAAAUAAUGUGGAAUGCUCCUUGUCCGAGAGAUUGAAAACCCUAACCGACCCAUUAGUAAAAAUCGAAGAAAAAACCCCCCACCACCUCCCCAAGCAAUAUGGGUGUUUGAAGGGUAGUACUGAGUCGGGUCGAAUUUCUCCAGGUUCCGGUGGAAUCAUCAAGCUGAAAAUGAGCUUUGUCGGUAGGUAUAGGUGUUCGAAGAAGAGUGUCGAGUUGAGUCAGAUCUCUCCAGACUCCAACGGAAUCAUCAAGCUGAAUGAUUUUCGACUCGAUUGUUGUACUGUUGGAGAAGACUGGCUAUGGCGAGGCGGUAAUUCUUGUCCUUGCAAAUGCUCCAAUUCAGUUUGAUGAUUCCACUAUCUAUGGCGAGGUGGGUGACAGUGGUUGGCGGCAAUAUGCUGAGGGAAGUUGAGUAUCUACAAAAAAACAAAAUUUUAACUUAUUAUUUAUUUUAAUGUAGUAAAUAGAAAGUUAUUAUUUUACCUUUGAAAAAUAUUAAAAAUAUGGUCAAAAUCAAAUUUCCUAGUCAACAAAUAAACGUUUGGAUGAAAACUGUCCAAAAGGGCCUCCGCCGUAACGUUUCAAAAGAUUUGAAGUAGCGAUUGCAACAAAUUAAAGGUUUAGAGUAAGUCUACUAAUGUUUUACAGAUUUGGGGCUUCUAAUGCAAUUGUUUCUUACAAAUAUGUAGUUAUUUCGUUUCGAGUAUCCCACUUAUAUAUUUUGUUUUUCUAUAUUGUUAAUUCUAUCACCAAGUCAUAUUGCGUGAAACUCGACGCAAAACUUUAAAUAAGACAAUUUCGAAAAAUAAAAAUAAUAUUGAUUAAAAAGAAUUAAUUAAAUUCAACCCAGUCCUUUCUAGACUAUUUUACACUAGAUUUGUUUCCAUUCUUACGAAUAUUAUAUUUGUUUGAUUUAAUGUUGUUUACAUGCAUCUAGUGACUUCUUGUGGAACAUUGAUUCUCAAUUGGAUCCUAUUCUCAACACAAUUUUGUUAACACAUCCAAAAAAAUGGCCUAAUUGUCCAAAUCAAUAGUCUGAUUUCACAUUUGAUGAAUUAGACAACCGUAGCAGCAACGAUGUCUCACUAUAUUAAUUGAAAAUUAAUUAAAUAUAAAAUAAUCAAAUUUUGGGCCGUGUAUAUAGAUUUCGCAUGCUAUAAAUUGAAGGAACAUAAAAAUUUUACCAUAGUAAAGAAAGAAAGGUUUUGCACAUCCAAAUGGAGAACACAAUAAAAUUGCUGAUUUUGUUACUAAUUUUCGUAGCCAUGGGAGAUGGAGCAAGAACAAAAAUGCCCACUAGUCUUGACACACGUAGGGUUGUAGAUGGUAUUUGCAAGACAAUGAUCGAGACACAAGGUUAUACUUGCGAAGAGCAUAAAGUGACAACAAAAGAUGGUUACAUUCUUAGCAUACAAAGAAUGCCAAAGGGAAAGUCCGCCACUAAGAACGGAGUUAAACCGCCAGUUCUCCUUCAACAUGGACUUAUGAUGGAUGCUACGACAUGGCUAUUAAAUUCUCCGGCCGAAUCUUUAGCAUUCAUUUUGGCCGAUAAUGGGUAUGAUGUUUGGCUCGGCAAUACUCGAGGGACAAACCAGAGCCAAGGACAUACAUCACUUAGUCCGAAUGAUCCGGCUUACUGGAAUUGGUCAUGGGAUGAAUUGGUUGCUUAUGAUCUUCCUGCAACUUUCCAAUAUGUUUACGAGCAAACUGGACAGAAACUGCACUAUGUUGGCCAUUCCUUGGGGACUCUAAUGGCAUUAGGUGCAUUUGCACAAAAAGAGGUGACGAACAUGGUAAGAUCAGCUGCUUUGCUCAGUCCUAUUGCUUAUCUCGGCCAGAUGCCAUCCCCUCUCGCAAGGAGUGCUGCGGAUCUAUUUAUAGCUGAAGAUUUAUACUGGUUGGGGCUCAAAGAAUUUUCUCUAGGAGGAGAGGCUACUUCAAAACUUGUGGAUGAUAUCUGCAAGACACCAAACAUCAAUUGUACUAAUUUGAUGGCUAUAUUUACUGGUCCUAAUUGCUGCAUCAACACUUCAAAGUCAUAUCUAGAUCAUGAACAACCUACUGCAACAAAGAACAUGAUCCAUCUAGCCCAGAUGAUAAGAGGAGGCAGCAUAGCAAUGUAUGAUUAUGGCAACUCAGGCGAGAACAACAAAUAUUAUGGUCAGCCGACUCCUCCCAAGUACGAUAUGGCAAGCAUUCCAAAUGAUCUUCCACUUUUUCUUAGCUAUGGAGGGAAGGACAUGCUUUCUGAUGUUAACGAUGUACAAACUUUGCUCGAGAAACUCAAAGGCCACGAUCCGGAUAAACUUGUAGUUCAAUACAGGGAGGAUUAUGCUCAUGCAGACUUUGUUUUCGGUGUCAAUGCUAAGCAAGUUGUGUAUAAUCCUCUCAUGGCCUUCUUCCACCUUCAUUAAUCAACUAUCAAAUGUGUUCAGAUCCAAUUUUAGUUCAUUAGUUUUGUUAGAACCCCUUGUUAAUCAGAAAUGAAAUGUUCAAAUUGAGUAGAAAAGGUUUUACAUUGAGCGGAGCCAUCUCUGGAGCAUGGAAAUAGCAAUAUUUAGUUUUUAUGAUGUUGUCUAUCA